CUUUCAACUUGUUAAUCGGAACGGACUGCGAAUUUGAACAAACGAGCUACUGGGAAGGGACUGUACUCAGCGGGAGACACAGCGGAUUGGUUUGAAACUAUUUCUGCUAGCAAUUCUUUCUUAAUGUCUGUCAAUCCAACGACAUAACGCCCCUCAUUGCAAGAAUCCUUUAAUUGCAUUAAAGUUUUGUUGGGAGAACUGUCCACUUUUCCAGCUACCGUUCACUACUGCUUUGCAUCCAGUUCGGUGAUCUCUGUUUAAUGACAGAAUUUUAGAUGGCAGAAGAACUGUUAAUAUUUUCGCAUGGAAAACUUACAGGGGCUUCCAGUCUUCCAGCCUUUCAGCACUGCCUUGUCAUCUUAAACAUCUUGUUGCAAGACAUCGUGUUCCUAACAGCAGUUUUCUCCUUGUCUCAUGAGAACUCAGAAGCUAAGCAAGGCAAGGCUUGGUCAUUCCUGGGAGACCUCAAAGAAAAACAGGUUGCUACUCACCUCACCUCAUCGCUACUUGCUGUAGCUUUUCUUUCUUCCUUCGGCUCUUCCAUGCUCUAUGGCUAUAACCUGGCUGUGGUCAACUCGCCAGCAGAGUACAUUAAAGACUUUUACAACCGCUCCGUUGUGAAUCGUAAUGGCAGCGGCCUGAGUGAGGAGUCCCUGACGCUGAUGUAUUCUCUGACGGUGUCAGUGUUUGCCAUUGGGGGCCUGCUGGGCUCCUUGCUAGUGGGCGUGCUGGUUACGAAGUUUGGAAGGAAAGGGACACUAGUGAAAUCCACAACACUAGUGUUCAUUUCAGGGGCUCUGAUGGGCUUCAGUCGGAUCUGUGGCUCUCCGGAAAUGGUUAUUAUUGGACGUUUCAUUACUGGGAUACAUUCAGGGAUUUCUCUGAGUGUGGUACCCAUGUACCUGGGAGAGAUUGCUCCAAAGAAUCUGCGAGGUUUCCUGGGUCUCAUGCCCAGCAUCUUCAUCUGUGUGGGUGUUUUCAUGGCUCAGGUCCUGGGUCUCCAUGAGCUGCUUGGAAAGGAAGAGCACUGGCCCCUGUUCCUCUCCCUUGUGGUAGCUCCCACUUUCAUUCAGCUGUUACUUCUGCCCUGGUUCCCCGAAAGUCCUCGAUAUCUGCUGAUAGAGAAGCACAAUGUCCACGCCACUAUCACAGCCCUGAAAUGGUAUCGUGCCAAGUGUAACAUCCAGGCAGAAAUUGAGGAGAUGCAGGAGGAGCAGCGCUCUCUCUCCACAGUGAACACUGUGUCAGUGUGGCACCUUAUUCUGGACACCUCUGUGCGCUGGCAGGUCGUCUCCAUCGUCGUCAUCAACAUUGGCAUGCAGCUGUCUGGCAUCGAUGCAAUCUGGUUCUACACUAAUGCCAUUUUUGAGAAUGCUGGGAUUCCCAGGCCUCAGAUUCAGUACACAACAGUGGGAACAGGAGCAAUCGAGGUCAUCGCAGGACUUAUAGGGUGUUUCACCAUUGAAAGGCUCGGGAGGCGACCAUUAAUGAUUGGUGGCUUCAGUUUCAUGGGAAUCUGCUGCGCAGGGAUCACGAUUUCCUUGGUCUUACAGACCUAUCUGUCCUUCAUGCGCUAUGUCAGCGUGGCCUGUGUGGUGGGAAUCAUCGCAGGGUUCUGCAUUGGUCCAGCCGGUGUGCCUUUCCUGAUGACGGCCGAACUGUUCAAGCAGUCCCACCGCCCUGCGGCCUACAUCGUGGGCGGCUCGCUCAACUGGAUCUCCAACUUCACUGUCGGCUUCGUCUUCCCCUUCCUGCAAAUGUCCGCUGGAGCUUUCUGCUACCUGAUUUUCUGUGGGAUCUGUCUCUCGGUGGCGGGCUAUGUCUACUUCAUUAUCCCCGAGACUAAGAACAAGACCUUCAUGGAGAUAAGUCAGAUGUUUUCCUCCAAAGAACCUGUCAUCCAACCUCUGGUGCAAAGCAGCCCUGAUCAGCUGAAGCUCAAGAAGAUGAACAGUUAUGGCGCUCUGGAAAAUGGCUUCCUGGAAUUUGACAGUUCCAUGUCCUUCCCCUGAGACUGGAAAGAAAGAAGGAUGUCAUCGCUUGAGAAUCUAUUGUUGAUGAGUACUCAAAUGUGGCAAACUACACGUGUUUUUUUUUCUUCUUGUUGUUUUCAAACACUGUUGGUUUUUUUUUUGCAGUAAUCGGCACAUGAUGUCACAUCACAUUCCACUGAGUUUCUGAUUUCUGUAGCUAAAUUGAGUACAUAAACUGGACUGAAGUAUUUUAGAAACUUCCAGCUAAAACUUGACAGAUUGUGACCUUUUUUGGAGCUCACACUUUUACCAAUGUUUUACUAAACUUUGUUAGAAAGAAGAUAAGAAGAUCAUUUAUAGUAAACUAUUUCAAAGUAGUGUUAAACUCUUAACAGUCCUUCUACUGGGGCAUGUCUUUUUAGCAUUCUGAUUUCUAUGAUAAAAAGGAGUUUAUGUGUCUUUCCAGUGAAACAGAGCUGAACAAAUUAAUCCAGUCAAGUGAAAAUAAGGCUGGAACUGAAAAAAAUAAUGGAAUAAACACAUAUAAAAUGUAUCUGAGUGUCAUAAGAGUCUGAGGGUACUGAAACAUGUGGCUUAUUCCAGAAAUAAGUACAUUAUCUCCUUGACAUGUAAUAACGAAUUUGAUUUUUUUAAAUUAUACUGUAUAUGAGCUUUUCUGUAUGACAGUGCCACCAAUAAAGAUGAUACAGCUUGUGAAACUUCA